AUGUUCGGUGUUCAUUUAAUAUCAUUAGUGCUACAGAAGAAAAAAGACUCCGGAGCAAUGCGACAACGAGCCUGUCUAUUUCUUCUCCUCUGCAUAUUGGCAUGGACCAGUGCUGAACCAGAAAUGGAUACUGAGGAGGAAGAGGAAGCCUUCGAAAAUGCUAUUGAAACAACUAUGAUGCUAAACAUUACAACGACCCCUACCACUGUUCCAACCACAACCAAGGAUUACUGUCACUGUGAUUUGGAAAUAUAUGGAACGGAUAUCCUUGAAGGAGUACUCAAAUCUCCUAAUUUCCCUGGGGCUCACUGUGACAGCGGCAAAUGCAUGUAUAAAAUUCUUCCUCAUCCCAAUAUGACCGUUCGUCUUAAUGUCGAAACCGCUGCUUUUUCCUCAGGCACUAAGCUCAAAAUUUGGAACAUUCUCGACGUCGACGGGCAAGAGUACAACGUCUAUCAAUCAGAUUAUGUAUCAACACUAAACAAUGACUAUAAAGACUAUAAGGAGUUCACAACAGCAGUAAACGUUGGAUUCAAAAUCAUUUUUGAGAUGUCAAGAAACACGUAUUCCUACAGCGGAUUCAAAAUCAAAUUUGCAAGAAUGAGCAAUGGAUGUACCUUCUAUCUCACUCCGUCUGUAGAAGGAAAAAAACAUCAUCUGGAAGAAAUGUACAUAGAGAUUGAGACUGAGAAUAGAAUUCGGGUUCAAGUGAAAAGUUAUGAUGAUGAGGGGAUGUUCGUUAGAGAAACACCUCUCGAUAUAAACCGAGGAUUGCUUGUGGAUGCUUCUAAAGUGGAAGUUUCUUUUUUUGCUUUUUCUUCUGAUUCGGAUGGCUACAAAACUCCAAAAAUCACUGCCAAACUUAUGAAUCGAUCAUGUAUUUGUCCAGAGACUGUGAUGAAUAUAACAUCUUCUACCAGCAGUGUGACUGUCCGGUCACCUGGAUUUCCAGAUUUAUAUUGCCCUUCCAAGUCUUGUCAUACCUUUAUCCGUUCUGAAAAAAUCGAAAAAAAGCCAGAAGAUAAAGUUCCUCUUUUGCUCAUUACCACCAACUGCACACUCAAUGAAAAUGACUAUUUGAGACUUGCUGAUUGUGUAUGCUCGCUUUAUGAUGACAAGGAAUACAAAAACUCUGGAUGGCUCAGUGUUCCAAUUCCUCCACAUUGUGAAUUCAUUCACUGUCAUUGGAAAUUUUCGGCAUACAGUUCAUACAGUUAUCCUCAAAAAUAUGUUUCAAUUGUGUUCAAAAUGGACAACCCGUCCAGUUCUGAUGUGGUUUUUGUGAUCACUGAAAAGAUCACAGAGGAGUACGACGCUGAAUUGUUGAAGCAUAAACAAAGUAUCACUUCUGCUGCAUCACCAAUUGAAUUCACUUUUUCAAGAUUCGGUUCAAAAUAUAACAAUUCUGAUGCAACUCUGAAUGUAACCUGGUUUAUGGUUGAAGGCUGUACCUGCUCAGAUGAGAAAAUCUUCGUCACAGUAGAUGACCCCAAGGUGAUAACCAGUCCGAACUAUCCAGAUAUGUAUUGUCCUAAUUUGAUUUGUCGUCACACAUUUUAUGCUCCCAAAGGGCAUUUCCUCGAGAUACGUAUCGACAAAGCGGAUAUUGAGAGAUAUCACGAUUUUUUGAAGAUUUACGAUGGCAACAGUUCUUCUGAUCCAUUGAUCACUAGAGUGUCUGGAUUAGUGAAGAAUGAAGUACACAACUCAACAAGAGACACAGUUUUCUUCCUAUUCAUGUCCGAUGAGAGUACUAGCCGAAUGGGUUACCAUGCCAAUGUUAUUGCUCACCGUAUCCCAGUGACCCCUGUCCCUGAAAAGAGUCAUCUCGUCAUUUUGGUUGCCAUCAUUGCUGUGAUCAUUGCCAUGGUAUCAUUAGCAGUGUUUUUCGUAACUCGCAGAAAAUCAGAAAACUAUCGUCAACUCCAAUCUUUGAACAAUCCAACCGUUUCCUACACUGCGAGUGAAACUGGAUCUCCUGUCAAAAUUUCAUAUGGUCCAGGAAACACCGGAAGAGCUCACGAAGUGGAAACUGAACUUAUUUAA